AUGCAGAGGAUCGAUGUCCGGACCGACCGCAGCUUCGGAACAGCCCUCCAUUGGGCUUCCCUCGAGGGCCACGUCGACGUUUCGUUGGCAUUGCUAGAGGCUGGUGCCAACAUAGAAGCCACCAAUUGCUGGAACCGAACCCCCCUGCACCUGGCUGCCCGCUUCGGCCAUCUCGAACUGGUCAAGCUGCUUGUGCGGCACGGUGCGAAUAAGGAGGCAAGGCGUGAUACCAACGAGACGCCACUGCACUUUGCCAUUGAAGAGAACCACUACGCAAUUGCCAAGUACCUUAAUGUUGGUGCUGACAUCAACGCUCUUGGCGGUAGAGGUACACCGCUCAAGUUUGCGCAAGGAUAUGGGAGCGAUCGCCUUGAGAUAGUCGAACUGCUGGUCUCGAGAGGAGCGAAGUCGUGA